AUGAUGAUACCCAUUUACCAGCUGCCUGUUCCCGUUUCCUCGACUUUCCACCACCGGCCCCUGGUCGACCGCAGACACAUCCGCCUCCUGCGCCUGCAUCCCGGCCACUACGCCCUCCGAAAGGACGCCCCAUGGCUCAUAGAGUACGAGAUCGUGCACGUCAGCCUGGACGCCGCGCCGUUGUUCGAGGCCGUAUCCUACGUGUGGGGCAGCUCGAAAAAGACGCAGCUGAUCCGCCUGCUCCCCGCCAGUCGCACCCUCGCCGUCACCGACGCCCUGACCCAGGUGCUCGCCCACCUCAACAAAACCUCGACGACCGGCUACCUCUGGAUCGACCAACUGUGCGUCAAUCAGGAUGACGAGCUGGAGCGCAAUCACCAAGUGUCGAUGAUGGGCGAAAUCUACAGCAAAGCCAGGAGGACCCUCGUGUGGCUGGGCGAGCCCGACGCCGAUUCCAACCUCGUACUGGGGACCCUGGAUAUCGUCGGUGACCGAUCAAAGGACUUUGCUUUUCGCCGGAAUCGGAAGGAGGCCGAAGCGCAGGGGAAGAGGGAUGUCACGAGACUGCGGACCCACCUGCAGCACGCCAUCCCUGGCACUUGCUCCGUACACGGCACCACCAAAGCCGAUAUGAUGGACAUGGACGGCCCGGUGGAUGAACAAGACGACUACUGCCACCAGUGCUUCGAAGAAGCAGCCACGGACCGCGUGAAGGCUGCAUGUCGGGUCAUGAAUCGGCCCUGGGAAGUUCUGUUGGCCAAAGAGGUCUACAUGACGAUCGGAGAUUCCAGGCUAUCACCUCGUGAUUUCCACCGCUCCAUCUACGCCAACCUCCACGCUCCGAAAUCCCCCUCCUCCUCCUUCAACACCAUCGAGCACUACGGCGCCGACGACGAGCCCCCCGGCCUGCGCCCGCUCAGCUUCCUCACCUACUUCUGGGACUCGCUGGACAACAGCGCCCACAUCCCCGCCUUCUCAUGCAUCCUCGACGAUCUCCGCGACGGCCUCGCCAGCGGAUACUUCAAGGCAUCUGAUCCGAGAGAUGUCAUCUACGCUUUCCUCGGCCUCCAUCCCCGCGCAACUGAGCUCAUCAGCCCGCACUACUCGUGGUCCGUCGAAGACGUCUACGUCGACGCAGCCAUGGCCGUCGUCGAAGAAACAGGCGACCUCGGCCUCCUCGGCAUCUGCGAUUCCCUCUACCACCACCACCAACCCACCUCCACUACCAACCUACCCUCCUGGGCCCCCGACUGGUCCCAAGCCAACCGGCUGAGCUCGCUGUUCGGCCCCGGCCGCGACAUGGGUUUCAGCGCAUGCGGGCCCUUCAAGCACGCCAUCAUCCAGCCAGGGCGGCCUCGGUCCCGUUCCCUCGCGGUCAUGGGCACACCGAUCGACCGCAUCACUUACAUCCACCCGCAACAGUACCCGCGCGAGCGACCGGGCUGUUUGGUCCGAAACGCAGCGGAUACCGGGAGACGGGAUUCCCAAACGCCGGACUACUUGGAGUUGGCCAAGACGGCUGAGCAGCUGACACAAGCGCGGUCGCCGCAGUUCGCACCAGUCACCCUGGGGAGGAUCCUGAACCUGCUGCUCGCCAAGGAACAGCGCUUCCCGGACGAUCAUUACCAGUACACGUGGCGCGAGAGGGAGGAGAUUUUGUAUUACGCGGCCGGCAGGCAGAUUGCGCGGGGUAGCGUGGGAGAGGCGUUGGCGCUAGUGCCGGCACCGUCCGUGGUGGGCGAUGGGAUUUGGCUGCUGAGGGGGUGUCCGGCGCCGGUCGUGCUGAGGCCGGUGGCGGAUGGGGGGUACGUUUUGGUGGGGGCUUGUUAUUAUGAGGGUGUUAUGCAGGGGCAGCAGGCGCGGUUGCUGGAGGGGGCUUGUGGGGUUGAGUUGGUUUGA